AUGCAGGUUUCAGACCCUUUGUUAAACCUAAAGAAUGGUAACUUGUCCCGUGAGUUUUGGAUGAGAGAUGAGCGGACUACUAAGUGUUCCUUGUGUGAGGCAGAAUUUAGCUUCUGUCGUCGAAAGCAUCAUUGCCGUAUAUGUGGAAAGAUUUUUUGCUCAAAAUGUCUUACUAAAGUUUCUGGGGAGAUAUAUGAUUUCCCUAAAGAGAUAAAAGUUUGCUUACCGUGCGCUUCAGUUUCAAAAACAAAUCUUUCGUCUCUAUUUAGACAUGAAGAGAGGACAAAUCCUAACAUUGACGUGAAUUAUUCUUCUCUUUUAGAGGAAAAUUCAAACGACCAUGUCCUUUCUUCUUUCGCGGAGUACAGCAAUCCUUAUGAAAUGCCUGUUGAUGUACGACCUCCCGAUGUAACGCCCAUGAUUGCUAUUCCAUCAAGCCGGUCUAGUUAUAAGUCACCGGGAUGGGGUCACCGCUCUAUAUUUGUUGAAUGGAGAAAGCAAAACCUGAGUCCGCAGCAAUUUAGCAAGUCCGUAUCUCAGUAUUCCCCUUUAAAUACCGGUGCUUCGCGCGAUAUCGGUUCUUCCGUCGUAUCUAUGGAGCGUUUACCUUCUAAUCAACAUAUGAGUCCUUUACUUAAUAAAACAAAAAAAAUAAAGAAUUCUCCUACAGUGAGAUUUUCGACUCCUUCUAUGAACGGUGAACGAUCCUCUUCAAAACUUACUUCAAAUAGUAAUCGGCCUCCUGGGAUUCAGUUUCCAAAUCUUUCUUCCGGUUUAAAAAACGAGUGCUUUGAUUUAGGCCAUGAAGAAGAGAUUUAUGUUCACACUCCUCAAACCGAUACCGCUCUUAAUUCCCCACAGAUGGAACUCAAUUCUAAUCUUGAGGACUCUGAUGAUGAAUCCUUAUUUAAUAAUUCUAUGAUUAUGCCCUUUCAUAAUAACUACAAUUCCUCUGCUAGGCUACAAUAUCCUCUGGCUAAUCCCACUAAUGUGAGCACUCAUACUUCUGUAAAUAAUCGUGGCUAUCUCUUAAAUCCUCUAGCUUCUUUUCUGAAAUUUAUUCUUCCAUCCUCUUUAUUACAACCCAUACCUCCUUCACCUACUCAGCAUGUUGCUCAAUUGCUAAGUUCUCAGACAGAUAAUGCGGUCUCAUCAGGAGAAGUAUCUCCUCGAUUUCGAGCGCGCUCAAGAAGUUCUUCGCAUUCGCCUUCCGUUCCUGCCCCUUGGAUUUUCUUUUCAGAUUCUUUUAAUGAUCUGGUGGUGGGAUUCUUAAAAAGACUACUUUUACAAAUGUUAUUAGAUGCUAAUGUCGAUACCCCUUUAAGAUGGGUGCAUUGUUUACCACAUAUUUUAUUAAAGACUUCAUUGAAUAUGAGUCCUGAUAUUUCUUCUGGUGAUGAUAUUGACGUACGAAGCUAUGUAAAAAUUAAAAAGAUUCCUGGUGGACAACCAAAUCAAACCUUCUAUGUUCCCGGACUUUUAUUUACCAAGAAAGCUUCAUCUAAGUCAAUGGAUCGGUCUGUGCAAAAACCUCGUAUUGCUCUUUUGUCUUUUAGUUUGGACUAUGAUUGUAACGAACAAAGAAUUCUAUCAUUGGAUUCUUUGAUGAGUCAACAAGAGGAAUAUGUUUAUAAUCUUGUGAGUAGAAUAUGUAUGCUCAAACCGACACUUGUUUUUAUCAAGGAUGAUAUUCCGACGAUUGCUUUAAAAUAUUUUGAAGAACACGGUGUCGUAGCGAUAUGUGGAAUCAAAGAAACCGUUAUGUACGAUAUAGCUAGGUGUUGUCAUGCAGACAUUAUAUCGUCAAUCGAUAAACUUUCUCUUCGACCUCAUUUAGGAACUUGCGGACAGUUUCAACUAUGUAGUUAUGUCAUCGAUGAAAAAUUAGGAAUAAGGAAGACCUUUGCUAUUCUGGACCACUGCUCAGAGCGUUUGGGAUGUACUGUAGUUUUGAGAGGUGGUUCUUACGAAGAAUUGACAAAGGUAAAAAGAAUCGUCGAAAUAUCAAUACUUGCUACAUACCACCUAAAAUUAGAAUCAUGUAUGCUGAGGGAUAAAUUUGUGAACACAACGGAGCUUUUUACUUCUGCUUGUAAUAUGAUGACUCCGUUAGAGGAAUUCAUGGAUAAAUUAGGAGCAUGUAAUUCUGAGCCUUCUCAUGGCAAGGUUUUGGAAAAAAGAGUACCAGAUUACUCUAUACAAGACUGUCUUGACUCUGAUACGACAAUUCUUAGUACCUCUUUGAGUCAUGAUGUUGAUGCUCAUUCAGAUAUUGAAAUGAACUUCCCUGCAGUUGAUGAUUAUGCUUCCAUUAAAAGCGCGUUACUCCAGCGAAUUACCACAUUUUCUCUUUUUAUUAAGAGACCUCUACCAAGGUUAUUAGGUCGAGUAUACCAUCUUCAGACUCUUGAAAAUAUGUAUCUCACCAAACUUAAUUCUAAUUAUCCUAGUUCUUAUUUGCUAAAUUUUAUGAAUCAGUUUCUUGGUUCACUUCAACAUGGUGAUGACUAUGAAUUGGCUUAUAACUUACUUUGUACACACGAAAGGUUCACUUUCCUUCAAAAACAAUGGGAGCUCUACUAUUCCCGCUCUCGACAGCUGUUUUCUCCUCUUUCUAAUCAAAGAAUGGUGGUAUUGUACUCUAUAAUUAAUAAGGAAACAUCAGUGCCCUGUAUUGGCCCCGAAAGAUGUUUGCUCGAAUUUUACCGUGAAUCCGAUUGUACUUUGGGACAAUUUAUUGAAAGUACAUGCUUAAACACGAAUGUUAGUUGUGGUGGGGAAUACUGCCCAACCAAGGACAUGAUAUCUCAUUAUAAAAGCUAUGUACACGGAAAUGGAAGGAUAAGUGUUGUCCUGGAAGAUUUUACUUGCCCAAUCCCUGGACUAGAAGAAAAGAUUGUGUUAUGGAACUACUGCAGAUCAUGCCAAAGAAAUACACCAGUAACGGUUAUGUCUGAUGAAACAUGGAGGUAUUCAUUUGGGAAAUAUCUGGAAUUUAUGUUUUAUAAUGACAAUAUUAAAGACAGGUUUGAAUUCUGCAGCCAUAGUAUCAUGCAUGACCAUGUGCAUUAUUUUGGUUAUGUCAAUAUGGCUGUACGAUUUCAAAGAGAUCCAAUUGAAAUUUUUGAGCUCUUUGUUCCCCAAGUCAUGCUAUACUAUAACCCAAUUUAUGUUAAAAAUCAGAAGGACAGUGAAUACCUUCGUUUAAAAAAACUAAUUGAACAGUGUUUAAAUUCGGUGACAACCAGAAUUAAUCAGUUGCGCACAGACUGGGUGACUGACCCUGUUAAACUUCAAUCUUGUGAAGAAGAAAUAGCAAAUUGCCGUUCGUUAUUAACAAAAGAUAACGAUGAAUUAUAUUCAGAACUGACUUUCAUAUAUGAACAUACCACGGUUGUUGAUUUUCUUUCUAUGAAUUCCGUUUUAAGAAUUUUACAGGGAAGAAUGAUUAAGUGGGAGCAAAGGUUUGCCGAUUACCAACGGCUUUAUCUGCCUUCAUAUAAAGAGAUAAGUCGUUUAGCUGCUACUCAAAUUAAGAAAGUAUUUUUAGCUCGUUCAAUAUUGCAACAUCCGUCUGAUCCUUUGGAAAGCUUGGAUACUGCAAGAGAUGGAAUUACUUUACAAGUGGAUAACCCAUCAGCGGUUGACGGACCUAAAGAAGAAAAGAAAGAGUUGACUCACGCCAGAAGUGAAUCGGCCCUUUCGAUUGAUGUAUUUAAAGAUAAUGAAUCUUUGGAAUCCUCGGUGCGUUCAGUUUUUCCUGCUAUGGAGUCCGAUACUGAACGGAAGUUCGGUAGUAGUUCUUCCAAAUCACCAACCAAACGAGAUAAUAUGGAAAGUCAGGAUAUGCCAGUAUCACCAAACGCCUUAAAAAUUAAAGGCAGUUAUAGAAGUCCUAGUGAACGAUCGCUUUCUGAUUUGUUCGAUAAAAAACGACAGAAUAGUAUUCUUUCUUCGCCAACAUCUAAAGAUUAUCUUUCGGAUGGCCUUAGAAACCCAGUCUCGUCUGCAAUAUCAGCUAGAAUAUCAAGCAUACAGAAGUCGGCUAAGCCAGUUACUAGGAAGGUUGCUCCAACGAAAGAUGCUCGAGUUAGCUCUUUAGUUAGACAAUUUGAGGAGUUGAGCCAACAACUUCAAGAAAAAAGACGUCGAGAUGAUGAGUUAGUUAGGGAGCGUCGUAAGAGGACAAUGCCUGUCACACCUUCUAAGCCUGUCGUUGAGGUGUUUAGCGAUUUAUCGAAUGCUUUUGAAGAUGAAGAGCCUUCUGAUAAUGAUGUGGACGACUUGGAACAGAAAGAAAUAAAUGAUAUUAGAAAUGUUUCGAACAAUAAAGGCAAAAUUGAGAAGGAAGAUGCAGAUGCAUCCUAUGACACUUUUGAGGAUAUUUUCGGAGUUUUGUUUAAGAAUGAACCUGAUUUAGGAGAACGACAAACCCCAGAAAGUUUUGAAAAUAGACAAAACGUGUGCAAAGAGGAUAUAAGGUCAGAAUUUACAGGCCCUUAUAAUGAUAAAACCUCUUUAUACAAGAUUCUCUCGACAUUUUGGUCAGAAUGGAAUUCGUUGAAUCCUUUGCCUUUCGAGUUCCCAUUACAAGCUUGUGAGCAUGUCUUUUCCGACUCGAAUGUGGUUAUAAGGGAAGAUGAGCCUAGCUCUUUGAUUAGCUUUACACUUAAUUCUCCUGAUUAUAUAAAAAAGAUGGCCGAAAUUGAAGAAAAUAUGGAUAGUUAUCUGUUAGAAAACGAUAAUCAGCCAACUUUAGAGGAUAAAAUUGAAAAUUUGAUGCUAAAACCAACGGGUACCCACCUUAAAUACCAGUUUGAGGAAGGUUCUGCAUAUUUGUCAUGUAAGGUAUUCUUUGCUGAACAGUUUAGUGCUUUAAGGCGUGCGUGUGAUGUUGCAGAUAGCUUCGUUUCAUCUCUGUCCAGAUGUUCUGUUUGGGAAUCCAGCGGUGGGAAGUCGGGAUCUGCGUUUCUAAAGACUUUUGAUGAAAGAUAUGUGAUGAAAGUGGUUUCAAGAUUGGAGAGUGAUUCACUUUUGAGUUUUGCUCCUGCUUACUUUGAUUACAUGUCGAAAGUAGUUUUCCAUGAAUUGCCAACUACGCUCACCAAGAUUUUCGGUUUUUACCAUGUUGAUAUUCGAAAUCCCUCCACCGGCAAAGUAUGCAAACUUGAUAUAAUGGUCAUGGAGAAUUUAUUUUAUGACAGAAAACCAUCAAGAAUAUUUGACCUAAAGGGAUCUAUGCGAAACCGACACGUACAGUCAACAGGGAAAGACAAUGAAGUAUUAUUAGAUGAAAAUCUGGUUGAACUUAUCUAUGAGUCUCCUAUAUUUGUAAGUGAACAACUGAAAAGUAUGUUGCAGUCGUCCUUAUGGAAUGACACUUUGUUUUUAUCUAAAUUGAAUAUAAUGGACUAUUCAUUAGUGGUCGGAAUUGAUUAUGAAAAACGCGAACUAUACGUUGGAAUAAUUGACUUCAUUCGAACGUACACCUGGGAUAAGAAGCUAGAAAGUUGGGUGAAAGAGAAAGGACUAGUCGGAAGAGGUCCCGAACCUACUAUUGUGACCCCGAAGCAAUACAAGAUUAGAUUUAGAAAAGCUAUGGAUUGUUACAUUCUAGCAUCUCAGGAUUUCGAAGUCGAUGGCGAAAGUGAAGAAAAAGACGAGGUCUAA